GAUAAGUCAAACCGGUUGUGAGAUGCUUGACAGGCAAAGAACGCGCUCUCCCUCCGUGAAUUCUGAUUCCAAAAUCAACCACAUUCAACUGCUAGGGUUCUUCGUAACAGUGUCACUAUUGAUCGGUGAACCUCCACAAUGGAUCAUCAAUGGCGUCCCAAUCCCAGACCAAUUCAAUUCCAACCCAAUGUGUGUCCUACCUGCUCAAUCUCACACUUCCCCUUUUGCCCUCCCCCACCGUUCACCUCUCACCCUUGCUGGCCGCCGCACCACCCCAAUUAUCACCUCGCCGACGCCGAUAGAAACUUCAAGCGACCCAGAAUCAUCGACGAACCUUUCUCCGAAGACGAGCGGAGAUUGAAGCUGAUUCGCGAUCACGGUCUCAACCCUCCGCAACCUCCACACCACCACGGUUACGUUACACCACCCUUGCCGCACCACCACCACCAGCAACAACAACCUAAUCAAAACGGGUUUCAUUCCGAUUCUCAUCUUCACUACCCAUUGCGUGGAAUUCAUCAUCCUCAUCAACAAGGACCUUAUUACCAUGAACACGCACAACCCCACGAUUUUCGUCCCUCUAUCAAUGAAUCACUGCAUGCGCACGAGGCUAAUUUUCCUCCAAAUCAGAAGCUGAAUGGGCACUAUCACUAUCCUUACCCUCCUGGAAGCAGUGGCAGUUUUUCUGAGAACAUGGGUCAAAUGGAAGGUUCAAGAUUCUUCAGGGGCCAGCCUCCUCUUCCUUCUUCGCCACCGCCUCCACUUCCAAUGGAUCCACCCAUGAAAGCAUACUUUUCUCCACCCAAGCAGCCACCUUCUCUUUUUCCUGUUCAUGAACCCUCAAAGCAGUACUUGGGAGAUGCCCAAUCUUUUUUGCGAAAUCAGUUGACUGCUGAGAAGCCUAAGUUUGUUGAUGCCUCCCACUUGUUUCGGCAUCCGCAUAGAGCUUCUCGUCCUGAUCAUUUUGUGAUCAUACUUCGAGGUCUUCCAGGUAGUGGUAAGAGUUACUUGGCAAAGAUGUUGCGUGAUCUUGAGAUUGAAAAUGGUGGUGAUGCUCCACGUAUUCAUUCUAUGGAUGAUUAUUUUAUGACUGAGGUGGAAAAGGUGGAGGAUAAUGAUGCAUCGAAGUCUUCAAGUUCAGGCAGAAACAAGAAGGCUGUAAAGAAAAAGGUCAUGGAGUAUUGUUAUGAACCUGAAAUGGAGGAGGCUUAUCGGUCAAGCAUGUUGAAAGCAUUCAAGAAAACAGUUGAGGAAGGAGAUUUUACCUUUGUUAUUGUGGAUGACCGCAAUCUGCGGGUAGCUGAUUUUGCUCAAUUUUGGGCAACUGCAAAGAGAUCGGGGUAUGAAGUUUACAUUCUAGAAGCUACUUACAAGGACCCUGCGGGUUGUGCUGCGAGGAAUGUCCAUGGAUUUACACAGGAAGACAUAGAAAAGAUGGCUGGGCAAUGGGAAGACGCUCCAUCAUUGUAUAUGCAGCUUGAUAUGAAGUCAUUAUUUCAUGGAGAUGAUCUAAAGCAAAGCAAGAUACUGGAGGUUGACAUGGAUAUGGAAGAUGAUCUUGGUGAGGCUUUACCUGCAGUGCAAGGAAGAGAAGCUGAGACAGUUGUUAACCCUCCAGUCAGGGAUGAUGCAGGUCCUGUAAAGGAUGGAAAAAGAUGGAGUGCUGAAGAGGAACAUGUAAUGGAAGUCAGAGAAUUGGGUAAAAGCAAAUGGUCAGAAGAUUUUGCUGAAGAUGACAUUGUUCACACUGAAGGUAUGAAGGGCAAUAUUAAUGCUCUUUCUGGGUUAAUUCAUCAAUAUGGCAAGGAACAAAAAUCUGUACAUUGGGGUGACCAGGCUGGCAAUACAGGGUUUUCAAUUGGCUCUGCCAGGAAGGUAAAUGCUUUGUCUUUAGUGAUUGGACCUGGUGCUGGAUACAACCUGAACACAAAUCCAUUACCACAAGAGGAUAGUUCAACCCGUAAUAGUGCAGAGCCAAAGAAGAACAACACAUUUCAAGAUCGAAUCCGGGCUGAACGUGAAUCUUUCAAAGCUGUUUUUGACAGGAGACGGCACCGGAUUGGUGGUCUUAAUGUGGAGGAUGAUUGAUUCGGAAUUUUGGCUUACUUGUGAUUCAUACAGCUAUGUUGAAUUUAUAUACCUUCCAUGUAUUGGACUAGUUUAAGAAAAGAAGAAAGUUGAAUCGUUUGGUUAGCUGGAAAAGCAACAUGCUAUCCCCAGCCUCAACUUUUGUAAAAUGAUGUAAAAUUUUAGCAAAAAGGUUGAUAUGAGGGGGAUGUGUUUUCUAACCCUUUGUAGACAUUGAAUAUUUUUUUCGUCAGAAAUGGAAAUAGACUCUUGUUGCCA